GAAUCAUAAAUGUUGACAAAGGUGAAUCGUGGUAAUUUGCUUGCUCUUUACAAUUAGUAUAGCUCUUACAAUAUAGUAUAUUAUUAUUUAUUUAAUAAAUUCAAACUUAAAAUGAUGUAAUUUGGUUGGUCUUUUUAAUACGCCAAAAACUAUAAUACAUUCCACUUUUAUUUAAUUUAUUAUUAUGGCCGGAACGCCGAUCAAAUUAGGAUCUAUUAUAACCUUUUGUGUUGUAUUAUAUGCGGUAUAUUAUAAGCGAAAUGAUAUUGGUGAUGAAAGAUUAUCUCCCGUGAGAGAGUAUCUUUUAUUUUUGGAGAGAGAAAACGCAGUUGGCUCAGGAAUAAGACAACCUAAAGUGGCUCUUGGUUAUGGAGCCUGCCACGAUUUAUUUGUAAAUGCAACCUCAUUCCUAAACUUUAGAGAUUUAAAAGGAGCCCCGGAACAUUUUAACGAAAUUUCCACAAAGGACGAGUUUUUAAAAAGUUUUGCAUAUUUCUUCAAACAUGGAGCAGCUGCAGAGCGUUUUAUGUCAAAUAGUGAAUUGUAUGAUCAACUUGUGGAGCAAGCAUUAAAAUUACCAGACACAAGAUGGGCAAUUGGUGGAAAUGCCCCUCUAAUGGCCAGAAGAUUUUUCAUGGAAGGUUGGAAAGUGUUAUUUGCUGCGAAAAUGAGUGAACAACUCAAAAAAAACAUUCCCAAAGAAAUAGAAAUAGUGGGUGUUGAUGAAAAUGAGGAAAUUAAAGAUGAUAUUCAUAUGAUUUUGGAAUAUAAGGCAGAUGAACAAUUUGGUAUCUAUAAGUCACCAAGAGCAAACAGAUAUAUAAUGCAUAAUGAUGAAAACAAUCCUCUACUGAGCUCAUUAGAAAAGCUUGGAGAACAUUUAGGAAAAUUUAAGCCCAGUUUACUUGUUAUAAGUGGUCUACAAAUGAUGGAUAAUUUCCCAUUCAAAAAAGAUGGAAGAGAUCUCAGAGCUGAAAGGCUUGACCUAGUCAAAGAACAAAUUUUGUCACAGCCCCUAAAAACAUUGUCUCAUUUUGAAAUGGCCAGUUAUGUGGACUUGGAGCUUCUUACACACCUAACAACAAAAGUGUUACCUUAUGUAGACUCUGUGGGGAUGAACGAACAAGAACUCUCAAAUUUGUAUAAUGUUCUUGAAUAUGGAGAAGUUGUAGUUGUUGCAGAUUCUAACCCUAGAGUAGCAACAGCAUUAGAUCAAAUGCGAAAAACAUUCCACCUCAUAAGAAAAAAGAACACAGAAUAUAAUAGCAAAAGAAAAUUAACCCGAAUUCAUGUACAUACACUAGCAUAUCAAGCUAUUUUAACAGUCAAAGGAUCGGAUUGGAAGAGAACUCAAGCUGCAACUGCAAAAGCAUCUCUAACAGCACACAGAUAUGUUUGCAACAACCAAAAAAUAUACCUUGACAAAUCAAAAUUACUACUUGAUGAUAGUUUUUCAACAACAACUGACAAUGAUAAUAAUAGUCGAGUAUUCUUUGAACCAACAAAGCCUGUAGCUUGUUGGGAAGAAGAAUUUGAUUCUGCAAAAGUAGAGAUUUGUGUGGCACCUGUACUUAUUUGCACAGAGGCUCAGUUGACAGCCGGAGCAGGUGAUAAUAUUUCAGCUGCAGGCCUAGUUUUACAAGUAGAAAACUGAAAAACUUAGUCAUUAGUUUUAAUUGGUUGUUGGUUCCCAUUGAAAUGUUAAAUUAUUAGUCAUAUAUAUUAAAGUAGAUGUUAAUAGUAGUGAGCUUAAAUGUGCCAUGUCACAGUGUUCCUGUCCUAUCUAACAAUUGCAAUCUAAGUAAUAUGCCUAAAUUUGUGUAUGUGAUUUAAAUUCAGAAAAUGUAUGUAUGUAUGUACAUCAACUACAACAAAUCAUAAGUGAAAUAUCUAUGUUUGUAUUUUAAUCACAAAAUUUUUCAGUGGUACUUUACUUAAAUUAUUUAUUAUUGUAUGAAAGAAAGUCAUGGCUGCUCCUCCAUUUUAUUAAAUUAUUUUUAAUAUAAAUGUACAAUAAUUUA